AUGGUGGCAUAUCUACGUGUAACAAAAUUUAUGAAUCACGGCACCUUUAUGAACGAAAAAAUAUUGCGCAAAAAUAACCCCCAAAAAGUACCCUUUUGUGGGAAAUCGCUCAUAAGAACGAAUUUCACCACAUUAAAAAUUCAGAAUUCCAAUUUUAUGGUCCAAAAAGAUGAAAAAGGAAAAUGUAAAUUGUUUUUUCAGCAUAGGAUCAAUUUAAGUAUGCACCUUUUUAAAAGCAGAAAUGAACUGAGAAAAAGCAUAUUUUGCAUAUCUCAUAUUAAUAAAAAGUAUAACACAGUAUUAAAAGAAAGUACUUCAGAAAAUUAUGCCAAUAAGGGAAAUUUUCCCAAUGAAGAGAAAAUAGAUAAAAGAAAAGAAGGGGAAACAUGCCGACAUAAGAAUGACACAGAUGGAGUAAAGAACAAAAUUUUGAAUAGACAUGAAUCGAUCGACCUAAACUUAAUAAAUAUCGAUGAAGAAAUUGUUAACAACCUAAAAUUUAUCCUAAAAAUAGAUAAGCUAUACAUGUAUCAGUACAUAAUUUUUAAUGAAAUUUUUGUAAAAAAUUGUAAACAUAUACUUGUCUAUAACAAGACAGGAACAGGGAAAACGUUAAGUUAUUUAUUACCGUUAAUACAAAAAUUAGUAAAUGAAAAAUACAAUUGUAAUAAAAAGAUAUUAAUUUUGACACAAAAUAUUUAUUUAUGCAAACAGUUAUAUAUUUAUAUUUUAUCCAUAUACCCGAGUUUAAACGUAUGUAUAUUAUCUGAUGAAAAUGAUACCCAUGAUCAUAUGAAAAAAAUAAAACAAGACAUAACUGGUAAGAAAGAACAUGUUCAUGAAUUGUAUGAACAGAAAGGUGACUUAUAUAAAGAAAAUUAUGGGAUACAUUUUUACUUGGUUACUCCAAAUAAAUUAGAGUUUUAUAUAAAAAAUUAUAAAAAUAAGAAAAAAAAUGAGAAGAAUGUCAUGAACAAUAUUUUAAAUUGUGUAAACACAAUUGUGGUAGAUGAGUUUGACUAUGUGUCAGAAAAUAGAAAGUUGAUUUUCAACUUUUUAUUUAAAAGAAAUGCAUUAUAUGAUAUAGAUAAUGAGAUGAGCAGAAAAAGGAACGAACUUAAUUGUGAACUGUUUAACCAUGAAAAUUAUAACAUAUAUUUAUUUACAGCACAUAUUAGUGAAAUAAUAAUGAAAAAAAUAAAUGACAAUUUAAGCGGUUUUGUUUUUUUUGAUUUUGUUAAUGGUGUUAAAGAAAUAAUUCAAAAUAAAGUAGAUGUAGAAAGAUCAAACAUUUUAAAAAGUUCGGAACAUAUAAUUCAGUUGCUUAGCAGAGAAAACAAAAGUUCCAGUUUGUGCAAUUUGAACAUUUCCCAUUUUAUAUGCAAAAUAAAUACCCCUUCGAAAUAUAAGUAUGUAUCGUAUUUUUUAAAUGAAUUUUUUUUUUUGAAGAGCAAAAAUGUGCUAAGUAAAAAAGGGUCCCCUCAAGUAUCCAAUGAAAAGGACGAGUACGAUAGCAAUCAAUUGAUUCAUGAUUAUAUGAUCAAGAAUACCUAUGGAGAAAUGGAGAAAGAUGAUAAAAUAAGGAAAUGUAUAAUUUUCGCAAAUUCUAAGGAAGAGGUUGAAAAGCUACAUGAUAAUUCCUUUCUGAAACCGCACUCAGUUAUGAUGCACUCAGAGCUAUUAACACAGCAGAAGAAUGAAAAUAUAAACCUAUUCAAAUUGGGGAAAAGAACUAUCCUCAUUACUACAGAUAUAGUAAGCAGAGGACUAGAUAUAGAUAAUGUUAUUUUCAUAUUAAAUUAUUCCCCCCCUACUUCUCCAAAUGAUUAUAUACACAGAUCAGGGAGAACAGGACGAGGGAAAGAAAAGGGAAUUUGUCUAACAAUGUAUCACAAAUAUGAAUAUAAAAAUUUGGACAAGAUAAUAAAAUAUACGAAAAAUAAAUUUCAAGUUAUUUUGUGCCCUCGUGUAGAUGACGUGUAUAAAUUUUCAGUAGAUACUUUAACAAAAACCAUAAUGAAGAUAGAACCGGAGAAAUAUGAAUUUCUUAAUGAUAAAUCAAAAGAGUUAUUAGAGACAUAUGGUACCAAAAUUAUUGCGCAAGUACUUUCUAUUUUACUAAAAUUUGACAAGAAAGAAUACACUAUUUCCCUGUUAUCUGGAAAAAAGAAUUACGUUGCCGUUCUGAUAAAGGAUCCCUUUUUUGAGGUUAUUGGAGAUAUCGCGAAAUGUGAUGAGGGCUACAUUGCAGACAUUUCUAGUACACAGGUUAACAAAAUUAUUAGCUUGUUCAAUAGCUCGAAAUCAGAAUAUAAAAGCAAAGGUGUAGAAAUGAAUACUAUAAUAGAAUUACCUCCAAUUGUUCGAGAAAAAAAAAACAUCAUAAGAAAAAAUAGAAAACUUCCAUGGAUAAAAUAUAAAUUACAGAAAAAGAAAAUCAUUGUAUUAGGAACAAAAAUGAACAAGUAUAAAAGAAAAGGAAACUCCGAAAUUAUAAAAGACAUAAAAAUGGCCACAUCUAGCACCGUUAAAUGA